AUGGUGACGAAGAGGAAGCCGAGUAUGGGGAGGCAGAAGAUCGAGAUAAAGCGGAUUCAGAACGAGGAGGCGCGGCAGGUGUGCUUCUCGAAGCGGCGGACCGGGCUGUUCAAGAAGGCGAGCGAGCUCUCGAUCCUCUGCGGCGCAGAGAUCGGCGUCGUCGUCUUCUCCCCCGCCGGCAAGGCCUUCUCCUUUGGCCACCCCUCCGUCGACGCCGUCGUCGACCGCUUCCUCACCGACAGCAGCAGCGGCAGCAAUAACGGCGGACAGCACGGCGCCGCGGCGGCGACGGUGCGGGAGCUGAACAGGCAGUACGUGGAGCUGCACGGGCUGCUGGAGGCGGAGAAGAAGCGGCGGGAGGGGGUCGAGGCGGCGAUGGAGAGGGAGCGGGCGGGGAGGGCGUGCUGGUGGGACGCCAACGUCGACGCGCUCGGCGUCGACGAGCUGCAGGCCUUCCAGAAAGCGCUUUGCGAUCUGCGGGCGGCAGUCGCAAAGAGGGCUGAUCAGCUCCUGCACGACGCGUUGUCGCGGAAGCAGCAGCAGCAGCAGCAGUAUGUUUCUGAGUGCCACUGCGCAACUUCUUCAUUUGGGCUGAACUUUAAUAAUAUUUGUACGAUCUUAUUAAGGUAA